GCGGACUGAGCAUGAUAUUCCAUCAUGAUUCCCAGGGUAGCAGAGACUUACUCUACUUGCCUCCCACCUUUUCAAUGUUCUGGACACACUGCUCUUUAUGAUCACUGAUGCUUGUUUUCUACUUCUGGCGGGCAAUUUGAGAUUCCAGCUUGCCAGCAGAUACCCACUUAAUUUUUUCGUCAACCCACGCUGUUUUCUAUUUAAAGAUUUCCAUGAUCUCCUUGUUCCUUCCGAGGCAGAUCCGACAGAACGAACACGGACAGAUGGCCUACCUGAUGUUCGCCAUUCAAUGCUGAAGAAAACCUUGACCUUUGAGGUUUUAGCAGGCUCACUUUUGUAUCUAGAGCUGACAUCUUUGAAGCGUUCUAUCAUGUUUCUCGCACACUCUCGGCGCUUUAUGUAUGUUAAACGUGACACAGAGAAGGCUCAAGCCUGACGUCGCUGAUUCGAGACUCCACAAGAUCGAGCAUUCUGUCGCUGCACGAUUCGGUGGCAUACCAAUCUCACCAAACUUCCACGAGCUACACUGCCAACUGCCCCAUACAU